ACUGAAUAUUAUGUAAUUAACCCAACAGUCACUGUUAUUUAAAGAGUAUUUUUUUUUAAUGUCAAAUAUGAAAGUGGCUCAAGUUGCGCUUAGCUGGCUUAGCACUCUCCGCUCUGAUGUCAGGCUACCCUCUUUAUGUCGAUCACAUUUUACCUACUAUCCCACUUCAUUGGGAACUGGAAAAAAAUGAAUAUGUUCAACGCUAUAAACAAUGCAAUGGAUUUGGCGCUAAGUGAUGACAAAUCGGCAUUGUUGUUUGGCGAAGAUGUAGGAUUUGGUGGAGUUUUUCGUUGUUCUGUUAAUCUACGAGACAAAUACGGAAAGGAACGUGUUUUCAAUUCACCUCUAUGUGAGCAAGGAAUCGCAGGUUUUGCGAUUGGUGUGGCUAAUACAGGAACUACCGCAAUAGCUGAAAUUCAAUUUGCGGACUACAUAUUUCCGAGUUUUGAUCAGAUAAUUAAUGAAGCUGCCAAGUACCGGUAUCGAAGCGGUGGCCUCUUUGACUGUGGAUCCCUAACUUUUAGAGUUCCUUGUGGUGCUGUUGGACACGGAGCAUUAUAUCAUUCUCAAUGUCCUGAAGCAUAUUUUGCUCACACUCCGGGCCUUCGUGUUGUGGUAAUUUUCAAGUUUAUAUACAAACU